CAUUAAGUUCCGUCUUCGAGUUUCAGUAAUAAACAUAAUAAACAUAAUAUUUUGCGGCGGUCUGUCUUUCCAUAAUGGCGUAUAUAAGUCUUGUAUUUGUUAUAUUUAAAAUAGGAUAUUUAGUUGCUGUCACACCAUCAAUAAGGGUCGAAGAAGAACACGGGAAAUAUGUUCUGCUUUGUAAUGUUUCCGGCUUGGGAAUGGACACUAUAUACUUUCUCGAAAAUGAAAAAUAUGCUGCUGAAAUUUCAAACAAGUUCAAUAAGUGCAAAAUAAAUGUAUUUAAAACUACCAUAGAAUGUAAUUGCUAUGCGGAAUAUGUGUUCGCUUGCAUUUUAAAUAUGCAUACGUACCCAAAAUAUUGCUACACAUGGAAGUGUUCUGCAAUACACGACAACAUUUUAAAGCAAAGCAAUUCGAUAAAUGUGUGUAACAAUGUCGAAAAUAGCAACACAAAGAAAACAUCUGAAUCAGAUUGUUCAGCUGUCUCAACAAAUGUUUCCAUGGAUCAUGUGCGAUGGGUUGUAGAUAACACACACAAUAUAGAUGCUGGGUUUUUAUUUCCAACGGGAGUUUUUAACAACCAAAAUAUAAGUUUGCUGAUGAAAUCGAUGCAAAGGGAAGAAAAUGGCUCAAUUGUUGUAUGCAAAUUUGACGAAGAGAUGCAACCGCAAUGGAACAUCAACAUACUAUAUCCACCAGCACUAUGUUCUGCCAACGAGUCUAUAUAUUCAAUAAAUCACACAUGCACACUGUCCAACGGAAACCCAAUAAUAAAGAUCGUAAGAAAGAUUAACGAGGCUCCAAAGUGUCGAGCAGAUUCUACGACACUGUAUCCGGAUGUGUUGACGCUUUGUGACGCUGUCAAUAUGGUAAACACAGGGGCAGAAAGUUUUGUUGGAAAUAAGACUGGUCGUUUCAAGCUGGAGAUUCUUUACAAUGCAUUUAUAACGGAAUUCCUUGUGGAAGGGUUUAACAUCCAGCAAAACAAACCGUUCAAUGAACCGCGGCAAGUAACGUUCAAGUGCCGGGGUGAAGGUAAUCCACCUCUUGAAAUGUCACUAGUUAAAGACGGAGUCGAAUACGGCCGAGGACAUUCGCUGAUAGAACAUAACAUGACACUAAAACGAUCCCAGGAUUGUGGAAAUUAUACAUGCAUAGCUGCUAAUGCAUUCGGUGUGGAUAGUGAGGCGAUACAAAUCAGCUGUAAUAACGAAAUUGAUUUUCAUCAAGAUCUGUCUCAAGAUGCUACAACAAUCAUCCAGCUUAACUACAUCGUAAUAGCUGUAGCAGGCGCGUUGGUUCUUAUUGUGAUAAUUGUAGCCGUGGCAUGUGUGUACCGAAUUUAUAAACGAAUGAAGUCAACAGAGAGCGUCGUUUUACCAAUGACUGACUUUUUGACAACAUCAGCAACUGCGUCAUCGAUACUCGUUUUUGAUCAGAGUGUUAUUUAUCAUGAGAUUGACCCACUGAUGAUUGAGUCCGAUAGGGCAGAGGUAAACGACAGUACCAGAAAUGCUUCACAGCCCUCGUUCAUUGAAGGAUCAAGACAAUACGAAGGAUUAGAUCGUUCGCGACAUGCGGAUGAAGAGCAGUACCUUAGAGUGGUCGCUGAUUGAUAUAACUAUGUGUGCCAUUUUACAAAAUGUAUAUCUUUUAAAAACCUUUUUUACUGACAGUCAUAUUACAAACAAACCCUUAACGUGAAGAACACAAAGUAUUCCACGGUGAAGCAAAGUUUUUGAAUAAGUGUCACAUAUACAUGAUUUAGCAAUCACGGAUUGUAAUAUUAUGUGAAUCUCUACGACAUCGCCAGGAGAGAAACUUUUGGCAUCGUCACAAGAUAAGUUAUUUACAGCAAAUGAAGAAUACAUUUAUAACUCGACAUAAUACAUUAGACAACAACUUUCUACCGUAGUUUGAUUUCAUAAUGAAAACAUCUUUAUGAAACUGACGGUCAUUGCGGGUAUUGUAUCGGUUGAAGCACUUCUGAUUGGUCGGUGUGUAAAGAUGUGAUGUUUGUUAUGUCAUGUGCUUUGGUAAUGUAUAAUGAUUGAGUGCAUGUGUUUUUAUUCAGUCGAUUUUAGAUGUUUUGAUUUGAAACACUGAGAUUGAAAUGCCGUGAAGGAAAGUUACAUA